AUGUCAUCAACACGGCUUACGCGCGGUGUGCCAAGUCGCCAGGUUCCCAUGCGCGUCAUUGUCCAUGGCGUACAUAGGACGGGAUCCCGGAGCAUGCAAACUGCCCUGCAUCAGCUAGGCCUUCACAACUGCUACCACAUGUCCGCGGUGAUUUCGAACCUCCCACUCGAUGCGGACCUCUGGACCAAAGCCUUGGAGGCAAAAUACGCUGGCAAGGGCGACAAAUGGACCCGAGAGGAUUGGGACAGGCUGCUUGGGGAAUCGCAAGCCUGCGUCGAUUUGCCGAGUGCCCUGUUCACCCUGGAGCUGGCCGAGGCGUAUCCCGAGGCCAAGAUUGUCGUUCUCAACCGUGAUCCGGAGAAGUGGUACGACAGUGUCUGCGAAACCGUCUACAAAGCCAUGCAACCCGACUCGCUGCUAGGCAACUUGCUAAGCAUAUACUGUGCCGUGCUCGAUGAUAAUCACCGCGCAUUUAUCCGAUUGCUGACGGCCAUGAGAAAGUACGCCAUGCCGUACGACCAUGGCAAAGAAAAGGAAAAGGCCAUUGAGUGGUUCCACAAGCGAUACCAAGACGUUCGAGAUGCCAUUCCUGCCCACCGGCGCCUCGAAUUCUCCGUCAAGGACGGCUUCCGCCCGCUCUGCGAGUAUCUCGGCGUGCCUGUUCCCAUGAUCAAGGACGGCAAAACGGGCGAGAUGGUCGAGGCGCCGUUUCCCCACGUCAACGACCGCGCAUCCUUCGUGGAGAACAUGGACACGCGGAAUUCGACAGCGCUCAGCAGGGCUAAUGGGCAACUCUUUACAUAUGUCAGCAAAGCGUUUACCCUAGGGGUGCUGAGCUACGGUGGCUACUAUGCGUGGGGGAAAUACCUGGCGGGACGGCUCUGA